CUAGAUCAAUCAACUUCUCGAGCAAGAACCAAGGACAAAGCUUUCGUCGACGGAAUGGCCGGCUACGAGAAGCAGCAGCAGCAGCCUCAGAUGAGCGCGCCCUACUACGCCUACCCUGCCCCGCAGCAGCCGGCGUACUACGCCCCUCCGCCCCCACCCCCGGCCCCGCGCCGGAGCGGCCCCGGCUGCUUCCUCUGCUUCAUCUUCAAGAUCAUCGCCAUCGCCGUCAUCGCGCUCGGCGCCCUGACCAUCGUCCUCUGGCUCAUCCUCCGCCCGCGCGCCGUCAGGGCCACCGCCGUCUCCGCCACGCUCUCCCGCUUCGACCUCGCCGACGGGCCCUCCGCCGGCGGCCAGCUUUUGCAGUACAACCUCACCGUCGACAUCCGCGUGCGCAACCCCAACCGCCAGGGAAUCCACUACGACUACGCCGAGGCGCAGGCGUCCUACGACGGCGAGCGCUUCGGGUACGACCCCGUGGACCCCUUCUACCUCGAGAGGAAGGGCGAGCGCACCGUCACGGCCGCGUUCGGCGGGUCCUCGCUCGUCAACGACGGCGGCGCGCUGCGCUCGUACAGGAGGGAGAAGAGCGAUGGGUUCUACUCCGUCAAGGUGAGGCUCUACGCCGACCUGAGCUUCAAGGUCAGGGUCUUCAACGCGCGUCGCAAGAGCAAGAUCAGCUGCACGCUGCGGCUGCCGGUGCCCAACACGAGCGCCACGCCGGUGACCACGCAGCUGGGGACGAGGUGUUCUGUCGGCUUCUGAUCAUCUGCGCCAAUUCCAUGACCGCAGCGCGUUGCGUGUCUUCUUAGCUAGGUGAUCGAGCUUUUUUGCUUUAUUCUGCGCCUAGUAGAUUCUUUUGUUUCAGUCCAUAUAUGUAAAUAAAUCCAUGUCUCGAGUUCGUUGGUUAUUAUACUCCGAUGAUUCGAUACCUUUACAAGACCCUUUGAGGCAUUAAAUACGUGUCACGGAUUU